UUGUGAAGUGAGAAAGAGAGAGAGAGUGUGAUCAUAAAUGGCUUCCAAAAGCUUGAAUCUAGUAUUUGCAAUUGCAACCCUUGUGAUUUCAACCUCUGUUUUUCCUCUUUGCACCUCCUUAUCAUUAAAAUAUCCGGCGAUUUUCAAUUUCGGAGAUUCAAAUUCCGAUACCGGCAACAUGCUCGCCGGAAAGGGAGGUUCUCUCCACGCUCCCUACGGAAAGGAUUUCAGAAGCCCGUCCGGUAGAUUUUCCGAUGGCCGGCUCGUCGUCGAUUUUUUAGCAAAGGAAAUGGGGCUUCCAUAUUUAAAUCCUUAUUUGGAAUCUACCGGCGCCCCCAAUUUCAAAAGAGGCUGCAAUUUCGCAGCCGCCGGAGCCACCAUUCUUCCUGCAAAGGGUGAUUCCUUUUGCCCCUUUUCAUUUGAUAUUCAGGUGCUUCAGUUCAUCAGAUUCAAAGCUCGCGUCGCCCAACUUCGUGCUCGCAGCAGCCACAAAGGAGGAAAAAAAAGAAUGGCGGUGAAUAUAUUAUCAUUGUUGCCUAAAGAAGAGUAUUUCGAAAAAGGGAUUUACAUGUUUGAUAUUGGUCAAAACGACGUCGGAGGAGUCUUCUGGUCCAACAAAACUCAAGAUCAAAUCUUUGUUUGGAUUUCCACAGUUAUAGAUGCUUUCAAACAAGGCCUUGAGGAAUUAUACUCUAACGGGGCUAGAAACUUCUGGAUUCAUAACACUGGUCCGGUAGGGUGCUUGCCGGAAACUCUUACCUAUUUUGGGCCGACAACCAAUAGAUCAAAUGUUGACGCAUUUGGUUGUUUGAAAGAUCACAACGAGGCCGAUAAGGCGUUUAACUUACAACUUGCUAAACUUUGUAACGAUUUGCAAAAAAAAUGGCCGAAAGCAAACAUAACCUAUGUUGACAUUUACAACAUAAAGUAUGACCUCAUUGCCAAUCACACUAGACAUGGAUUCGAGGAGAGCAUAAUGGGGUGUUGUGGCUAUGGAGGUCCACCGACAAACUUUAAUAGUAGUAUCCCUUGUGGGUCGAAAGUGGUUCUAAAAGGAGAGAAAUUCAAAUCAAAAGUGUGUCAAAACAGCACUAAGUAUGUGAGUUGGGAUGGCACUCAUUAUGGUCAAUCUGCUAACCGUUUUGUUGCUUCACAAAUUCUCAAUGGAAAUUACAUUUAUCCAGCAUUGUCAAACAAGAUGUCAAAUCUCAUUUUUCCUUAGAUUUUAUUAUUAUUAUUAUUUCAAAUUAAGGAUUUAUUAUUGGGGGUUGUUGAAAUAAAUUGACCUAUACGGAUCCCUACUUGUGACUUUUAUUUUAUAUACAA